AUGAACAGGAACACACAUCGUGCUAGCAACGCAGCUGAGCGUGCUAGCAACGCAGUUGAGCGUGCUAGCAACGCAGUUGAGCGUGCUAGCAACGCAGUUGAGCGUGCUAGCAACGCAGUUGAGCGUGCUAGCAACGCAGCUGAGCGUGCUAGCAACGCAGUUGAGCGUGCUAGCAACGCAGCUGAGCGUGCUAGCAACGCAGCUGAGCGUGCUAGCAACGCUGCUGAGCGUGCUAGCAACGCAGUUGAGCGUGCUAGCAACGCAGUUGAGCGUGCUAGCAACGCAGUUGAGCGUGCUAGCAACGCUGCUGAGCGUGCUAGCAACGCAGCUGAGCGUGCUAGCAACGCAGCUGAGCGUGCUAGCAACGCAGCUGAGCGUGCUAGCAACGCAGCUGAGCGUGCUAGCAACGCAGCUGAGCGUGCUAGCAACGCAGCUGAGCGUGCUAGCAACGCAGCUGAGCGUGCUAGCAACGCAGUUGAGCGUGCUAGCAACGCAGCAGAGCGUGCUAGCAACGCAGCUGAGCGUGCUAGCAACGCAGCUGAGCGUGCUAGCAACGCAGCUGAGCGUGCUAGCAACGCAGCUGAGCCAUCUAGCAACGCAGUUGAGCGUGCUAGCAACGCAGUUGAGCGUGCUAGCAACGCUGCUGAGCGUGCUAGCAACGCAGUUGAGCGUGCUAGCAACGCAGUUGAGCGUGCUAGCAACGCAGUUGAGCGUGCUAGCAACGCAGUUGAGCGUGCUAGCAACGCAGUUGAGCGUGCUAGCAAAGCAGCUGCGCGUGCUAGCAACGUUGCUGAGCAUGCUAGCAACGCAGCUGAGCGUGCUAGCAACGCAGCUGAGCGUGCUAGCAACGCAGCUGAGCGUGCUAGCAACGCAGCUGAGCGUGCUAGCAACGCAGCUGAGCGUGCUAGCAACGCAGUUGAGCGUGCUAGCAACGCAGUUGAGCGUGCUAGCAACGCAGUUGAGCGUGCUAGCAACGCAGUUGAGCGUGCUAGCAACGCAGCUGAGCGUGCUAGCAACGCAGUUGAGCGUGCUAGCAACGCAGCAGAGCGUGCUAGCAACGCAGCUGAGCGUGCUAGCAACGCAGCAGAGCGUGCUAGCAACGCAGCUGAGCGUGCUAGCAACGCAGUUGAGCGUGCUAGCAACGCUGCUGAGCGUGCUAGCAACGCAGUUGAGCGUGCUAGCAACGCAGUUGAGCGUGCUAGCAACGCAGUUGAGCGUGCUAGCAACGCAGUUGAGCGUGCUAGCAACGCAGUUGAGCGUGCUAGCAACGCAGCUGAGCGUGCUAGCAACGCAGCUGAGCGUGCUAGCAACGCAGCUGAGCGUGCUAGCAACGCAGCUGAGCGUGCUAGCAACGCAGCUGAGCGUGCUAGCAACGCUGCUGAGCGUGCUAGCAACGCAGCUGAGCGUGCUAGCAACGCAGCUGAGCGUGCUAGCAACGCAGCUGAGCGUGCUAGCAACGCAGCUGAGCGUGCUAGCAACGCAGCUGAGCGUGCUAGCAACGCUGCUGAGCGUGCUAGCAACGCAGUUGAGCGUGCUAGCAACGCAGUUGAGCGUGCUAGCAACGCAGUUGAGCGUGCUAGCAACGCAGUUGAGCGUGCUAGCAACGCAGCUGAGCGUGCUAGCAACGCAGCUGAGCGUGCUAGCAACGCAGUUGAGCGUGCUAGCAACGCAGCUGAGCGUGCUAGCAACGCAGCUGAGCGUGCUAGCAACGCAGCUGAGCGUGCUAGCAACGCUGCUGAGCGUGCUAGCAACGCAGCUGAGCGUGCUAGCAACGCAGCUGAGCGUGCUAGCAACGCAGUUGAGCGUGCUAGCAACGCAGUUGAGCGUGCUAGCAACGCAGUUGAGCGUGCUAGCAACGCAGCUGAGCGUGCUAGCAACGCAGCUGAGCGUGCUAGCAACGCAGCUGAGCGUGCUAGCAACGCAGCUGAGCGUGCUAGCAACGCAGCUGAGCGUGCUAGCAACGCUGCUGAGCGUGCUAGCAACGCAGCUGAGCGUGCUAGCAACGCUAGCAACGCAGUUGAGCGUGCUAGCAACGCUGCUGAGCGUGCUAGCAACGCACGUGCUAGCAACGCAGCUGAGCGUGCUAGCAACGCAGCUGAGCGUGCUAGCAACGCAGCUGAGCGUGCUAGCAACGCAGCUGAGCGUGCUAGCAACGCAGCUGAGCGUGCUAGCAACGCAGCUGAGCGUGCUAGCAACGCAGUUGAGCGUGCUAGCAACGCAGCAGAGCGUGCUAGCAACGCAGCUGAGCGUGCUAGCAACGCAGCUGAGCGUGCUAGCAACGCAGCUGAGCGUGCUAGCAACGCAGCUGAGCCAUCUAGCAACGCAGUUGAGCGUGCUAGCAACGCAGUUGAGCGUGCUAGCAACGCUGCUGAGCGUGCUAGCAACGCAGUUGAGCGUGCUAGCAACGCAGUUGAGCGUGCUAGCAACGCAGUUGAGCGUGCUAGCAACGCAGUUGAGCGUGCUAGCAACGCAGUUGAGCGUGCUAGCAAAGCAGCUGCGCGUGCUAGCAACGUUGCUGAGCAUGCUAGCAACGCAGCUGAGCGUGCUAGCAACGCAGCUGAGCGUGCUAGCAACGCAGCUGAGCGUGCUAGCAACGCAGCUGAGCGUGCUAGCAACGCAGCUGAGCGUGCUAGCAACGCAGCUUAUCGUGCUAGCAACGCAGUUGAGCGUGCUAGCAACGCAGUUGAGCGUGCUAGCAACGCAGCUGAGCGUGCUAGCAACGCAGCUGAGCGUGCUAGCAACGCAGCUGAGCGUGCUAGCAACGCAGCUGAGCGUGCUAGCAACGCAGCUGAGCGUGCUAGCAACGCUGCUGAGCGUGCUAGCAACGCAGUUGAGCGUGCUAGCAACGCAGUUGAGCGUGCUAGCAACGCAGUUGAGCGUGCUAGCAACGCAGUUGAGCGUGCUAGCAACGCAGCUGAGCGUGCUAGCAACGCAGCUGAGCGUGCUAGCAACGCAGUUGAGCGUGCUAGCAACGCAGCAGAGCGUGCUAGCAACGCAGCUGAGCGUGCUAGCAACGCAGCAGAGCGUGCUAGCAACGCAGCUGAGCGUGCUAGCAACGCAGUUGAGCGUGCUAGCAACGCUGCUGAGCGUGCUAGCAACGCAGUUGAGCGUGCUAGCAACGCAGUUGAGCGUGCUAGCAACGCAGUUGAGCGUGCUAGCAACGCAGCUGAGCGUGCUAGCAACGCAGCUGAGCGUGCUAGCAACGCAGCUGAGCGUGCUAGCAACGCAGCUGAGCGUGCUAGCAACGCUGCUGAGCGUGCUAGCAACGCUGCUGAGCGUGCUAGCAACGCAGCUGAGCGUGCUAGCAACGCAGCUGAGCGUGCUAGCAACGCAGCUGAGCGUGCUAGCAACGCAGCUGAGCGUGCUAGCAACGCAGCUGAGCGUGCUAGCAACGCAGCUGAGCGUGCUAGCAACGCUGCUGAGCGUGCUAGCAACGCUGCUGAGCGUGCUAGCAACGCAGUUGAGCGUGCUAGCAACGCAGUUGAGCGUGCUAGCAACGCAGUUGAGCGUGCUAGCAACGCAGUUGAGCGUGCUAGCAACGCAGCUGAGCGUGCUAGCAACGCAGCUGAGCGUGCUAGCAACGCAGUUGAGCGUGCUAGCAACGCAGUUGAGCGUGCUAGCAACGCAGCUGAGCGUGCUAGCAACGCAGCAGAGCGUGCUAGCAACGCAGCUGAGCGUGCUAGCAACGCAGCUGAGCGUGCUAGCAACGCUGCUGAGCGUGCUAGCAACGCAGUUGAGCGUGCUAGCAACGCAGUUGAGCGUGCUAGCAACGCAGUUGAGCGUGCUAGCAACGCAGUUGAGCGUGCUAGCAACGCAGCUGAGCGUGCUAGCAACGCAGCUGAGCGUGCUAGCAACGCAGCUGAGCGUGCUAGCAACGCAGUUGAGCGUGCUAGCAACGCAGUUGAGCGUGCUAGCAACGCAGUUGAGCGUGCUAGCAACGCAGUUGAGCGUGCUAGCAACGCAGUUGAGCGUGCUAGCAACGCAGCUGAGCGUGCUAGCAACGCAGCUGAGCGUGCUAGCAACGCAGCAGAGCGUGCUAGCAACGCAGCUGAGCGUGCUAGCAACGCUGCUGAGCGUGCUAGCAACGCUGCUGAGCGUGCUAGCAACGCAGUUGAGCGUGCUAGCAACGCAGUUGAGCGUGCUAGCAACGCAGUUGAGCGUGCUAGCAACGCAGCUGAGCGUGCUAGCAACGCAGUUGAGCGUGCUAGCAACGCAGUUGAGCGUGCUAGCAACGCAGUUGAGCGUGCUAGCAACGCAGCUGAGCGUGCUAGCAACGCAGCUGAGCGUGCUAGCAACGCUGCUGAGCGUGCUAGCAACGCUGCUGAGCGUGCUAGCAACGCAGUUGAGCGUGCUAGCAACGCAGCAGAGCGUGCUAGCAACGCAGCAGAGCGUGCUAGCAACGCAGCUGAGCGUGCUAGCAACGCAGCUGAGCGUGCUAGCAACGCAGCUGAGCGUGCUAGCAACGCAGCUGAGCGUGCUAGCAACGCAGCUGAGCGUGCUAGCAACGCAGUUGAGCGUGCUAGCAACGCAGUUGAGCGUGCUAGCAACGCAGUUGAGCGUGCUAGCAACGCAGUUGAGCGUGCUAGCAACGCAGCUGAGCGUGCUAGCAACGCAGCUGAGCGUGCUAGCAACGCAGCUGAGCGUGCUAGCAACGCAGCUGAGCGUGCUACCAACGCUGCUAAGCGUGCUAGCAACGCUGCUGAGCGUGCUAGCAACGCAGCUGAGCGUGCUAGCAACGCAGCAGAGCGUGCUAGCAACGCAGCUGAGCGUGCUAGCAACGCAGCUGAGCGUGCUAGCAACGCUGCUGAGCGUGCUAGCAACGCAGCUGAGCGUGCUAGCAACGCUGCUGAGCGUGCUAGCAACGCUGCUGAGCGUGCUAGCAACGCAGUUGAGCGUGCUAGCAACGCAGUUGAGCGUGCUAGCAACGCAGUUGAGCGUGCUAGCAACGCAGCUGAGCGUGCUAGCAACGCAGCUGAGCGUGCUAGCAACGCAGUUGAGCGUGCUAGCAACGCAGCUGAGCGUGCUAGCAACGCAGCUGAGCGUGCUAGCAACGCUGCUGAGCGUGCUAGCAACGCAGCUGAGCAUGCUAGAAACGCAGCUGAGCGUGCUAGCAACGCAGCUGAGCGUGCUAGCAACGCAGUUGAGCGUGCUAGCAACGCAGUUGAGCGUGCUAGCAACGCAGUUGAGCGUGCUAGCAACGCUGCUGAGCGUGCUAGCAACGCAGCUGAGCGUGCUAGCAACGCAGCUGAGCGUGCUAGCAACGCAGCUGAGCGUGCUAGCAACGCAGCUGAGCGUGCUAGCAACGCAGCUGAGCGUGCUAGCAACGCAGCUGAGCGUGCUAGCAACGCAGUUGAGCGUGCUAGCAACGCAGCAGAGCGUGCUAGCAACGCAGCUGAGCGUGCUAGCAACGCAGCUGACCAUGCUAGCAACGCUGCUGAGCAUGCUAGCAACGCAGCUGAGCCAUCUAGCAACGCAGCUGAGCCAUCUAGCAACGCAGUUAAGCGUGCUAGCAACGCAGUUGAGCGUGCUAGCAACGCUGCUGAGCGUGCUAGCAACGCAGUUGAGCGUGCUAGCAACGCAGUUGAGCGUGCUAGCAACGCAGUUGAGCGUGCUAGCAACGCAGUUGAGCGUGCUAGCAACGCAGUUGAGCGUGCUAGCAAAGCAGCUGCGCGUGCUAGCAACGUUGCUGAGCAUGCUAGCAACGCAGCUGAGCGUGCUAGCAACGCAGCUGAGCGUGCUAGCAACGCAGCUGAGCGUGCUAGCAACGCAGCUGAGCGUGCUAGCAACGCAGCUGAGCGUGCUAGCAACGCAGCUGAGCGUGCUAGCAACGCAGUUGAGCGUGCUAGCAACGCAGUUGAGCGUGCUAGCAACGCAGCUGAGCGUGCUAGCAACGCAGCUGAGCGUGCUAGCAACGCAGCUGAGCGUGCUAGCAACGCAGCUGAGCGUGCUAGCAACGCAGCUGAGCGUGCUAGCAACGCUGCUGAGCGUGCUAGCAACGCAGCUGAGCGUGCUAGCAACGCUAGCAACGCAGUUGAGCGUGCUAGCAACGCUGCUGAGCGUGCUAGCAACGCAGUUGAGCGUGCUAGCAACGCAGUUGAGCGUGCUAGCAACGCAGUUGAGCGUGCUAGCAACGCUGCUGAGCGUGCUAGCAACGCAGCUGAGCGUGCUAGCAACGCAGCUGAGCGUGCUAGCAACGCAGCUGAGCGUGCUAGCAACGCAGCUGAGCGUGCUAGCAACGCAGCUGAGCGUGCUAGCAACGCAGCUGAGCGUGCUAGCAACGCAGUUGAGCGUGCUAGCAACGCAGCAGAGCGUGCUAGCAACGCAGCUGAGCGUGCUAGCAACGCAGCUGACCGUGGUAGCAACGCUGCUGAGCAUGCUAGCAACGCAGCUGAGCCAUCUAGCAACGCAGUUGAGCGUGCUAGCAACGCAGUUGAGCGUGCUAGCAACGCUGCUGAGCGUGCUAGCAACGCAGUUGAGCGUGCUAGCAACGCAGUUGAGCGUGCUAGCAACGCAGUUGAGCGUGCUAGCAACGCAGUUGAGCGUGCUAGCAACGCAGUUGAGCGUGCUAGCAAAGCAGCUGCGCGUGCUAGCAACGUUGCUGAGCAUGCUAGCAACGCAGCUGAGCGUGCUAGCAACGCAGCUGAGCGUGCUAGCAACGCAGCUGAGCGUGCUAGCAACGCAGCUGAGCGUGCUAGCAACGCAGCUGAGCGUGCUAGCAACGCAGCUGAGCGUGCUAGCAACGCAGCUGAGCGUGCUAGCAACGCAGUUGAGCGUGCUAGCAACGCAGCUGAGCGUGCUAGCAACGCAGCUGAGCGUGCUAGCAACGCAGCUGAGCGUGCUAGCAACGCAGCUGAGCGUGCUAGCAACGCAGCUGAGCGUGCUAGCAACGCUGCUGAGCGUGCUAGCAACGCAGUUGAGCGUGCUAGCAACGCAGUUGAGCGUGCUAGCAACGCAGUUGAGCGUGCUAGCAACGCAGUUGAGCGUGCUAGCAACGCAGCUGAGCGUGCUAGCAACGCAGCUGAGCGUGCUAGCAACGCAGUUGAGCGUGCUAGCAACGCAGCAGAGCGUGCUAGCAACGCAGCUGAGCGUGCUAGCAACGCAGCAGAGCGUGCUAGCAACGCAGCUGAGCGUGCUAGCAACGCAGUUGAGCGUGCUAGCAACGCAGUUGAGCGUGCUAGCAACGCUGCUGAGCGUGCUAGCAACGCAGCUGAGCGUGCUAGCAACGCAGCUGAGCGUGCUAGCAACGCAGUUGAGCGUGCUAGCAACGCAGUUGAGCGUGCUAGCAACGCAGCUGAGCGUGCUAGCAACGCAGCUGAGCGUGCUAGCAACGCAGCUGAGCGUGCUAGCAACGCAGCUGAGCGUGCUAGCAACGCAGCUGAGCGUGCUAGCAACGCUGCUGAGCGUGCUAGCAACGCAGUUGAGCGUGCUAGCAACGCAGUUGAGCGUGCUAGCAACGCAGUUGAGCGUGCUAGCAACGCAGUUGAGCGUGCUAGCAACGCAGCUGAGCGUGCUAGCAACGCAGCUGAGCGUGCUAGCAACGCAGUUGAGCGUGCUAGCAACGCAGCAGAGCGUGCUAGCAACGCAGUUGAGCGUGCUAGCAACGCAGCUGAGCGUGCUAGCAACGCAGCUGAGCGUGCUAGCAACGCAGCUGAGCGUGCUAGCAACGCAGCUGAGCGUGCUAGCAACGCAGCUGAGCGUGCUAGCAACGCUGCUGAGCGUGCUAGCAACGCAGCUGAGCGUGCUAGCAACGCAGCUGAGCGUGCUAGCAACGCAGCUGAGCGUGCUAGCAACGCAGCUGAGCGUGCUAGCAACGCUGCUGAGCGUGCUAGCAACGCAGUUGAGCGUGCUAGCAACGCAGUUGAGCGUGCUAGCAACGCAGUUGAGCGUGCUAGCAACGCAGUUGAGCGUGCUAGCAACGCAGCUGAGCGUGCUAGCAACGCAGCUGAGCGUGCUAGCAACGCAGUUGAGCGUGCUAGCAACGCAGCAGAGCGUGCUAGCAACGCAGCUGAGCGUGCUAGCAACGCAGCAGAGCGUGCUAGCAACGCAGCUGAGCGUGCUAGCAACGCAGCUGAGCGUGCUAGCAACGCAGCUGAGCGUGCUAGCAACGCAGUUGAGCGUGCUAGCAACGCAGUUGAGCGUGCUAGCAACGCAGUUGAGCGUGCUAGCAACGCAGUUGAGCGUGCUAGCAACGCAGCUGAGCGUGCUAGCAACGCAGUUGAGCGUGCUAGCAACGCAGUUGAGCGUGCUAGCAACGCAGUUGAGCGUGCUAGCAACGCAGUUGAGCGUGCUAGCAACGCUGCUGAGCGUGCUAGCAACGCAGACGCUGCUGAGCGUGCUAGCAACGCAGCUGAGCGUGCUAGCAACGCUGCUGAGCGUGCUAGCAACGCUGCUGCGCGUGCUAGCAACGCUGCUGAGCGUGCUAGCAACGCAGUUGAGCGUGCUAGCAACGCAGUUGAGCGUGCUAGCAACGCAGUUGAGCGUGCUAGCAACGCAGCUGAGCGUGCUAGCAACGCAGUUGAGCGUGCUAGCAACGCAGUUGAGCGUGCUAGCAACGCAGUUGAGCGUGCUAGCAACGCAGUUGAGCGUGCUAGCAACGCAGUUGAGCGUGCUAGCAACGCAGUUGAGCGUGCUAGCAACGCUGCUGAGCGUGCUAGCAACGCAGACGCUGCUGAGCGUGCUAGCAACGCAGCUGAGCGUGCUAGCAACGCAGCUGAGCGUGCUAGCAACGCAGCUGAGCGUGCUAGCAACGCUGCUGAGCGUGCUAGCAACGCUGCUGAGCGUGCUAGCAACGCUGCUGAGCGUGCUAGCAACGCUGCUGAGCGUGCUAGCAACGCAGUUGAGCGUGCUAGCAACGCAGUUGAGCGUGCUAGCAACGCAGUUGAGCGUGCUAGCAACGCAGCUGAGCGUGCUAGCAACGCAGUUGAGCGUGCUAGCAACGCAGUUGAGCGUGCUAGCAACGCAGCUGAGCGUGCUAGCAACGCAGUUGAGCGUGCUAGCAACGCAGUUGAGCGUGCUAGCAACGCAGCUGAGCGUGCUAGCAACGCAGCUGAGCGUGCUAGCAACGCAGUUGAGCGUGCUAGCAACGCAGUUGAGCGUGCUAGCAACGCUGCUGAGCGUGCUAGCAACGCUGCUGAGCGUGCUAGCAACGCAGUUGAGCGUGCUAGCAACGCAGUUGAGCGUGCUAGCAACGCAGUUGAGCGUGCUAGCAACGCAGCUUGA